UAGUUUAUGAGCUGCCCGUCAGCUGAAUGUGAAGCAGCGCAUCGUUGCUAUAGAAGGGGUAGUAGGCGUGCAGAGAGGAGAAAAAGAAAGAGCGGAGAAGACCGGAUGCAAACGCACUGGAAACCAUUCAGAGACGGAGAGAGAGAGACACAAAAGGAAGAAAACGGAUUGUUGAUGGAAAUGUGUUCCGUCUGGUGACACUUCCAGGGGCUGCUCCGGCGGAUAAGGAAGUCAGGGGAAACUUUGGUUCUGUCCAGGAUAUUAUUGUUUUCUGGUCCUGCUGUCAGACUGAGGAGCCAAGAUGAACCAAACUGCAUCGGUGGCGCAUCAGAUAGACUCUCAGCCCCUAAGAGAUAGCAAGGAGUUUGUGGACGUCAGCCCCCCACAGAGGAACUGGAAGGGCAUCGCCAUCUCUCUCCUGGUCAUAGUGGUGGUCUGCUCGCUCAUCACCUUGUCCGUAGUCGUCCUCACACCCACUGAGCCUCCAGAAAGCAGCAAGUCCAAGCUGACCGUGGCAGAUCUGUUCAAACCCGAGUUCCAGAUUCACGACCCGGAAGCCCGGUGGAUCAGUGACUCGGAGGUGGUGUACAGAAACAGAGACGGUGACGUCGUCAUGUUCAACUUCGCCCUGAAUGAGACAGAGGUCAUCUUGAAGAACGCCACAUUUGUGUCUUUCAAGGUGGCAAAAUAUUCACUCUCUCCAGAUCUGAAGUAUGCACUCUUCGCAUAUGAUGUCAAACAGGUGUACAGAUACUCAUACACGGCAUCGUACAUUGUGUACAACAUCAAUACGAGGGAGGUAUGGGAGCUGAACCCACCUGAGGUUCAAAACUCUGUUCUCCAACAUGCAGCCUGGGGAAGGCAGGGACGGCAGCUGAUCUACAUAUUUGAGAACAACAUCUACUAUCAGUCAGAUGUGAAGAGCAGCUCUCUGAGGAUCACCUCCUCUGGGAUGGAGGGCGUUAUCUUCAACGGGAUAGCCGACUGGCUGUAUGAAGAGGAGAUACUCCACUCACACCUGGCUCACUGGUGGUCGCCUGACGGAGAGCGGCUGGCCUUCCUGAGGAUCGACAACACCCUGGUGCCCAACAUGGCUCUGCCGCAGUUCACUGGCAGCACUUACCCCCGAGGAAUCCAGUACCCCUACCCAAUGGCCGGUCAGAGGAACCCAACUGUCAAGCUGUUUGUGGUCAACCUGUUUGGCAUUACGAACACUCAGGAGCUCCAUCCCCCAGAUCAGAUCAGACUCAGAGAGUUUUACAUAACCAUGGUGAAGUGGAUAAACAACACCCGCCUUGUUGUGCGGUGGGUCAACCGUCCUCAGAACACCUCACUUCUGACUGUCUGUGACGCAACAACUGGAGUCUGUCACCAGAGACAUGAAGAGUCCUCAGACACAUGGCUCACCAGGCAGAGUCAGGAGCCGCUCUUCUCGGAGGACCUGAGCAGGAUUUUCCUCACAAUGCCCGUCAGACAUGGAGGUCACAGAGACUUCCACCACGUCGCCAUGUUCUCCAAAAAGUCGAGAAGCAACCCAGUUGAAGUUCGUCACUUGACAUCUGGAAACUGGGAGGUGAUCAGAAUCGUAGCCUACGAUGAAACCAAAAACAUCAUAUACUUUCUGAGCUCUGAGAAGGCACCACAACAGAGACAUUUAUACAGUUUAUCGACCAGUGGCUCAUUUUCAAAGGAAUGCCUCACCUGUGACCUGAAGAAAGACUGCUUGUUCUUUGACGCCGACAUCAGUCCAAAUGCUCAGAGCGCCAUACUGCACUGUCAAGGUCCUGGUAUUCCAGCUGUGCUGCUUCUCAGUUUCAGCAACAUGGACUCGUACUUCAUCCUGGAGAACAACGUUCCCCUACGAUCCGCGCUGGACGCCAGAAGGACGUCUAAGACGGAUUUCCUGAAUGUCACUCAGGACAACUUUGAGCUGCCUCUGAAGCUCAUUUAUCCUCCUGACUUCUCAGACUCCUACCUCUACGGCCUUCUCCUCGUCAUAGGCAGCUCUCCAGGCGAACAGGUGGUGACGGAGAAAUUUGGGUUGAAUUGGGACUUGGUGCUUGCCGUAUUAGAGCAAGUCAUAGUGGCUCAGCUCGACGGCAGAGGACCUGGGUUUAGAGGUCAAAGGUUGCCUGAUCAGGUUUACCACAGACUUAGGACGGUGGAUGUCGAGGACCAGAUAGCGGCUCUGGAAUUCCUGGUGAAGCUGCCAUAUGUUGAUCGGACUCGUAUUGGAGUUUAUGGACAGGGUUAUGGGGGUUACAUCACUCUGAUGAUGCUGGAUUCAGGAAGGUUGAUAAGAUGUGCAGCUGCUCAGGCUCCCAUCAUUGACUGGACCAUGUACGCCUCAGCCUUCUCAGAGAGAUACUUCGGCUUGCCUUCAACAGAGGACAGCAGAUACCAUGCAUCCAAAGUGCUGCCCGGCAUGAAAGGUCUUGAGGGAGGAACUCUGUUUCUGGCCCACGGCACUGCUGAUGCGAACGUUCACUUCCAACACUCGGCCGAGCUCAUUAAACAUUUAAUAAAGAUUGGAGCCAACUACACUAUGCAGAUCUACCCGGACGAAGGCCAUUUCCUGUCGACACGCAGCCGGAUUCAGCUGACUCACUCUCUAAUUGGAUAUUUCAGGGGCUGCUUGCUUGACACGUCAUUGUUGCUCGAACAGCGGGACGACGAGUGAAAGGAGGACGGGGUUUAUUAACGUGUGCGGAAGACCAAAUGUGUCUGUUCUAAGCCAGUAGCGCCACGUUUGAUGGACAAAAUCAGCGUCUGUAUGACAUAUCAGACAUAUCCAAUAUGCUCUCACAGUCCAGCAGCUGUACAGUCAGUGUUGUUAGCCAGACUGUUGUUAUCAAACCCGACUGGGAAUUUUAAGGCCGAAGUUGCUCUAAUUCAACAAAAACAUUGUCCCCUUCAAGCUAAUUCAUCAAUUUAGUAAGAUUUUCCUGAUUUAUUUAGUUUAAAAAUCCAAUGCCAAAGUAUUUUUUUACAGUAGAAUAAAAAGUCUUCAGGUCCCUUUUUCAAAGAAGAGGAACCAAAAGACUAAAAUUGGAAUGAAAUGUUAAUCGACUAAUCUGAAAGUACAAGAAUCUGGCCUUUUUCUCUUGAGAUCACUUCCUUAAGUUUCCUUGCGGGGGCGCUGUGCACAUGAUUGAAGACAACUUUAGAACAGAAGAAGAGUAAGAUGACCAAAACUUAAAAAAAAUAAAUAAAAAAAAAGUCAUCUCUGUAAACUUUUGGAUUGCCCUGGCACUUUUUAUUAGCCUUUUGGAUUUUUUUUUUAUUUCAUUUUUAAACAUAAGAGAUGUAUAAGUUUA